AUGCCCUGGCGCGAUGAGUGGCCCGUUGGAUUGAAUGGAGAAGAGUACGACGGCAAACAUAUUCUGACACUGGUGCGGGACAAUGCUAGUCCCUUCAAAGACGUCUGGAACGUGCAGUUGCUCAUCGAUGAGAUUGAAGAGAAGCUCCAAGUUGAAGUAACAGAUAUCCCGACUAUCGAUAAAGGCUCCAACAACUAUGUACGUGGAUUCCAUCUUCAGGUUCGUGAUGGACCGGACUUGGUAGUUCGUCUAUCUCGCGGCGACGUUAACAUGCCGGAUUUCGAUGGCUUUGUCGUCGAGCGGCAGAUCGCAGAAGUUGAAUUCGAAGCAGCCACAUAUGACCUGUUGCGGGACGAAGCAGAAGUCCGCGUGUCUCGCCUGCUCUAUCACCGCGCACCGGUUCUCAAACCGGGCCCUAAAGUCCAGAUACCAGCAGAUCUCUUGGGUCGACGCAUCUUUGUGUUCGAACGAUCAGACGGCACAAACAAUGUGUGGAAAGCGCUUGAUGCUGGGGCAAAGGUAUGA